UCACAGGACGCACGGCCACAGGAACGAUACGGGCAAAGGUUCUCUUCGGGAUCUUUCCUCCAGAACCUUUGACAUUAGACCGGCAUUCCUCGGCACCUGAGGUGUGAGGAUGGUGACGUUGAGGAAACAAUAUGCGGUGGCCAGACCCGUGUACUCAGAGGACAGCUUGGCUGAAGAUCAUGAGAAAGUCUACAGGCUACGCAAAACCAUCCUGGACCAUGCGAGAGAGUACCUGACCUGUGAUUCGAAACGUGCCAAGAAUGCGGCGCUCUCUCUUCUGCCCAUCAUCGGCUGGAUGAGGAUCUACAGAGUCAGAGAGUGGCUGCUGGGCGAUGUGGUGUCUGGGAUCAGCACUGGCAUGGUGGCCAUUAUGCAAGGACUGGCCUUCUCUCUGAUGGCCUCGCUGCCUGCGAGCUACGGCCUCUACACAGCUUUCUUCCCCAUGCUAACAUACUUCUUCCUCGGUACUUCAAGACAUAUAUCUGUAGGCUCUUUCCCAGUCCUGAGCCUGAUGGUGGGAGCUGUGGUGACUCGCCUGGUCCCAAAGGAAGGACCACCAGCCAACAUCACUGGCUUUGAGGGCCUGACCCAGGACCAGCAGAGAGUCCUGGUGGCCUCCUCUGUGACCUUUCUUAUGGGGAUAUUCCAGCUGGCAAUGGGCGUUCUGCAGGUGGGCUUUAUUGUUGUGUACCUGUCCGACACUCUGGUGUCCGGCUUCACCACAGCAGCUGCCGUCCACAUCCUGGUGUCCCAGCUCAAGUUUGUGUUAGGGCUGACCGUCCCAGGCAUCAGCGGUCCACUCUCUGUCAUAUAUACCCUGGAGAAGAUCUUUGUCCAGAUCACCUCCACCAACAUCUGUGACCUGGUGAUGUCCAUACUGAUCAUGGUGGUGGUGUUCAUCGUGAAGGAGCUCAAUGACAAAUACAAAGCCAAGCUGCCUGUUCCCAUCCCCAUUGAAGUUGUCAUGACCGUCAUAGCUUGUGGCGUGUCCUAUGGGUUCAACUUCGAGACGAGAUAUGAUGUUGAUGUUGUUGGCAAAAUGGUUAGUGGGUAUGAGUCUCCCAUUGCGCCCAACAUGGAAAUCCUCCAGGAGAGUGCUGUGGAGGCCUUUCCUGUAGCCAUAGUGGGGUUUGCUGUUGCCUUCUCUGUGGCCAAAGUCUACUCUAUCAAACAUGAUUACACCAUUGAUGGGAACCAGGAGCUCAUUGCAUUUGGGGUUAGCAACAUAUUUGGUGCAAGCUUCAGGUCAUUUGCAGCCAGCACAGCGCUCUCCAGGACGGCCUUGCAGGAGAGCUCGGGAGGCAAAACACAGAUUGCAGGGCUGAUCUCAGCCAUGAUGGCGAUGAUUGUAACCGUGGCACUUGGCUUCCUGCUGGAACCACUUCCCACGUCUGUCCUGGGUGCCUUGGUCAUCGUCAACCUGAAGGGCAUGUUGAUGCAAUUCAGAGAAAUCCCGUACUUGUGGAGGAGGGACAAAUCAGAAUGUGUGGUGUGGAUGGGAACAUUUGUGGGUGCCACCCUGCUGGGACUGGAUCUUGGUCUGGCAGUGGGCCUGGGGGUGGAACUGCUCACCGUGGUCUUCAGGACUCAAUUCCCCCGCUGUUCCAUCCUAGCUAACAUCCCAGGGACCGACCUCUACAAAGAUCGCAAAGACUACAUGCAUACAUUCGAACCGAAGGGAGUGAAAAUCUUCAGGAUACCCUCGCCUAUCUUCUUCGCCAAUAUUGAGUUCUUCAGGGACAAGCUGGUAGACGCUGUUGGGUUUAAUCCGCUUAGGGUUUUGAGAAAGAGGAACAAGGCUCUCAGGGAAAUCAAGAAACUGUUGAAAAAGGAGGACGAUGUUACAGAGAGAGGCUUGAGGGAUUUAUUCCGCCAGAGGACUGAUGGGUCUCGCAUGGACGCGGAGGAGCUGGAUCAGCCCUCUGACCUCAAGCACCUUCCUUUCCGGAUGGACUGGAGAGCCGAGCUUCCCGGUAACGACACUGUUCCCAGAGUGGACCUCCACAGCCUGAUCCUGGACUUCUCUGCCGUGUCCUUCCUGGACAUCUCUGCUCUGAAGGGACUCAAAGCGGCACUCAAAGAGUUCAUCCAUGUUGAUGUGGAUGUUUACAUUGUUUCUUGUGAUGCGUGCAUCCUGGAGAAACUACACAGCUGCACGUUCUUCGAUGAUGAGAUUCUGACCUCCAUGUUCUUCCCGACCCUUCAUGACGCCAUGCUGCAUGUGCUAGACAAAAGUCAAGGCUGCGUGUUAACAGAGAGCAAACUCUAGGAGAGCAACCGCCUCCAGGAACAUUCCUUUAAUAGAAAUGCUGUUCUCUUCAUGCUACCACAACACAAUUAAUAAAACAACUAUUAAAACAACUAUUUUGUGUAUACAGUGAGUGAGUUAUAUUUUGAAAAGCUGUUUCGGUUAAAGUCCAUUGAAGUGAUGUUUUUAUAGGUGAUCCAGUCUGUUACUUGUUGCUACUGUACUGUCCUUUUACACACAGUUACCAAAAAUAAAUGCAUAACAUAAAUAUAAUUUUUAUUGAAAAUGAGGACAUGAAAUAUUUUGGCAUGAGGUUAUAAAUGUGUUCAGUGUGUCAAAUACUCCACUAAUGUGUAGCAGGGUUCAAACCACUGGGACUAUCCGAAGGUUUAUCAAAGACGAUUCAAAUUAUUCAUAAACAUAAGAUAAAUUUAUAGGCUGAGAUAAACAAAGGCGUCACUGCACUUCAAAUAUUGAGACACAGAACUAGGUUUGAAACCUUUUUCUAAACAAAGUUGGUUGGCGAUAAAAAGGACCUGCAGA